AUGACGCAUCAGUCCGAGCGUUUCUUGCGCUUUGGACGCCUCCAGCCUCGUCUGUGGAUGCUCCUUGUGGCUGUCACGGUGGUAUCCAAUUGCCAAGCAAGCAGAGGAGCUGCCUCCAAUACUGCCAUACAAUCGUCCACACAUUCCAGGCGUUCCCCUCUUGAUCGGUUGAAAAAGUUGUUGCUGAAACCCACUUCCACUGAUCCGUCGACGGAAGAAAUUAUCAGCAACAGCAGUGCAUCUUGUGGCCUGAGCCGUCGUCUUCAGAGCCUUUGCAGCAGAAACUUUACACUUUCGAGUAUUUCAUGGAACAAUCGCACCGCCGUCUGCCAUUUCCCGGCUCUCUGGGGCGCGGUCCGAUCCGCCGUGACAAACUACUCCUCAACAACCAUUAUCAAGGUAUCAGGACCAUCUGCUGCCGCAGCCCUAGCGUUGCUUGCAUACAAGGCUCAUGUUGCAAAAACCCAAAGAGCGGUACUGCCUCGGUAUCGGAAUCUGCAACUCUUGUCUGCCGUGACAGCUGUGGAUAAUGCUGACGGGAAGACACUUCUUCUGUUAAACCAAUGGCUCAGUGUUAAUAACGAGCGCAAUCCACCGGCUUUGGUGCCCAUCCAUGUUUCAGAGGACGAAGAUGAAGAUAUUCUGGUUCUAUUAUGGAAUGGAACCAAAGACAACUCCAAGGCUGUGGGAAGAAUACCAAAUGGAUGGUACAGCACCUCCUCCAAGGACAGCAGCCAAACGCCAAAUGCAACCAACACCAACAAUAACCUGGGUUUAUACAUUCAAGUCAGUGAUGAUCAAAUCGCCGUUUUUGUGGUGGCGAAUGACGUCAAGAAGAUUGUAGAAGAGCUCGAGGGCACUGAUUGGGUUGCCUAUGUAAACCAGUUGUUACCCGAGUAUGACAAGCAACGCUAUUGUCGCAGAGAACGUGUUGCCUCCGAAGAAAGCACGGUGAAAAAGUUUGCAUGGCAAAGCUGGCUCAAACAUCAACUCAUGCCGGCAACUAAUAAUGAAGAGGAGGACAGCUCGUUGACAUCCAUCUUUCCCAACCCGGGAAUGUACACCUUCCUUUACCGAGAAGCCGUCAAGGAGAGUGAAUUGGGGAACAUGUUGAAGCGGCGCUGUGCCCAUCUGUUGUCCAAACGUUCGCAAAUCACAAAGCCAUCCAUCAUGUUCGUUCAGGAACCGGACGAAAAUACUUGCCAAAAUUCCACCACAGAUGCUGGCCAUCGCUACUGUCAAAGAUUUCAUGUCGAAGACUCCGGACGGAUGUGGUAUGGAGGACUGAUUCCCUUUCGGACUCGACUCGAUGGUUGGAUUGUGCCGGUAGAAGAGCCAAUUCCAGAAGCGCCGAUCCCAGUCAGCAACAGCAACAAUCAUCAAAAGUACUUUAGUUAUCGGCCGCCUCCUUCCCCGCCAACGCUACCACCAUCACCUUCACCACAACGCCAGCUGCGCAUUGAAUGGAAGUCGUUCAGAAUUCAGUUUGGUUUCUCCUUCUGUGGCCUCAACAGGAGGAAAGAACUGACCAUGGAGGAAGAUCCGUGGAUCGUUGAGAAACGCCAUCUGAUGGUGUCGGACUGCAGGUCCCAAGUGGAUGAUGAUGAUGAUGAUCCGCUCCGAACUCCGACAACGAGGGUGCUACUGCUGAGUCGACCUAGACAAGGCUGGAGUGUUUGGCGGCAGUCGCUGUGA